AUUGUCCAAUUAGGACUGGUCUGAACAGUAUUUAUAUGAGUUCAGUUUUGAUAACCUGAUCGAAUAAAAACUAAAUCCUGAUCGAUAUCAAAGUCCUCAGACCUUCGGGAAUGCAAUCAGAAAACCUGGAUCUGACUAAAUACAAGAUUCCAGUUGAACGGCGAGUAAGCUCCUUUCUAGGGUCGAUACGGGAUACACUGGCGUACCAACAUCUUGCUGUCGCUUGCCGUUAUAGCUGCGUAGUUCAAAUUUGGAUGAUUGUGGGUGUACAAACUAGCCCUGCCUAACAGCUCCCGCGUCAGCUUGGUUGCCCAUCUUGCAUAAUGUCGAAACUUUUUACUUAUCCAAGGGAAGACUGGUCAGAACAGUAUUUAGAUGAGUUCAGACCUGAUGAACUGGACGAAUACAAGUUCGAAAAAACUCUGUUUCAACUGGCAGGCGUCUUUCAGCACAAUCAGGCUGAAUUCGACCUAGGCGAUCUCGAAGUCCUCAGACGGUUUGAAAUGGAAUUAGAAGACUUGGAUCUGGAAAGGUUCAAGACUUCAGCUGAGCUACGAGAAAGCUCCUUCCUACAGCGGAUACGAGGUUUCAGUUAUGACACGGACGAAACACUUUCAAUGCGUGUCGUAGUGUGUGUGAUACAGUCAUUAUCGAUAAAUGAUCUCUGCUACCGAUUUGGACCUACAGCUUUCUCAAACCAUGUCAAAAAUCUGAUAUCUUAUAGAAAAGAUGAAGCAGCAAGUAUCUUGUCCGCUGCGCGAAAAUGCAAGGACUGCUGGGUGCCUUGGUCAUGGAUCAAGGAUAUGUCACUUUUGUGCGAAAAUGAGUUCAGUUCCGUAUACACCGCCUACAUCAAGCCACCGUUUGUAGGCUCACAAACGAAUGGACGGAAGGUGUAUAUACGCAAGGUGACAGAUAUAAACAUAGUAACGAAGAUGUACCAAGAGAUAGAAGAAAACGGUUGCGGUAGAGAUCACCAGGCUAUUACAUUUGACUCGGCGAGUGGCCAUGUACAUUUCGUUGCAUUUUCUGGUGAGCACCAGUAUAUCAGCAGCGAAAAUGAGACUGCGUCGCUUGAACAAGUGCUGGCAGCACCAUUCAAUGGCUGGACCGAUGUUCUGGUUUCCUUGAAGCUUAUUUUGAUAGGUACUUAUAAUCCACGCAAUCCUAAACGAGGGUACCACGGGCAACUCCACCCAAAAAACAUUUUCCGUAAUCUUCCAGUGCAGUUUAUAUGGCAACGCGCCGUUAGAGACUGUCUCACAGAGAGUGUGUAUGGUCGACUGCCCUACCUUGCUCCAGAAGCUGUUGAAAGAAAUGCGGUGCCAAAUUUGACAUGGGAUAUCUAUGCCUUUGGCGUGAUCAUGUGGCAAAUGGUUUCUCGAGUCGUAUUCCCGCCAAACCAAUACCUAGACAAGGAAGUGUACCAAAUUAAUCGAGUUCCUGGGGUGCCUGAGUGGUAUGAACAGCUCUACAUAGCGUGUAUGGACAAGGAUCCCAGCAAGCGACCUACAUUGGAUAAAAUUCAAGCCGAUAUCGAAUUACGAUCUCCCAAAUCAAAAUCUGUACGAGUUUUCCGCGACAUCCGUCUCGAACCUGUGGACACAAGUUUGCUAGGAUAUCAGAAUAUGAGGGCGGAGUUGAUCAAGGCGCAUCUGGAAGGAAUGUCAGCGCCGGAUGAUCUAUUAUGGCAGUCGACCAGUCAAGCUUAUAAACGACACGAGGUUGUGGAUGAAGUUGGAUUUAAUUUGAAAUCCUUUUGAUGUGGAACAGAAAAUAU